AUGGAUAGUAAGGAUCAAUGCAUGCUGUUUAAAGUAGUGGUUAAUUCAACAAGGGAAGAAUUCUAUUGUACACCUGUGUAUGCUGCAAAUCAAAACAAGAAUAGAUUGGAUUUAUGGAAGUAUAUUUUCGAUUAUGCUGACUUAGUUCAUGGUCCUUGGAUUACAUUGGGGGAUUGGAAUGCUAUCCGCUUCCAUGGGGACAAGAAAGGGGGUAGUAGAGUGCCUCAGAGGAUGUUGGAUGAAUUUAAUUUGUGUCUUCAGCAGGUUUCAAAGGAUUUUGUUUCAGGUCCAAAGCCAUUUAAGAUGCUUAAAGUCUGGUGUGAUAAGAGGGAGGUUCUUCCUCUGGUACAACAGGCUUGGGAUAUUAAUGUAAAAGGUAUUCCAAUGCAUAGAUUAUUACUUAAACUCAGGAAUGUGAAAAAGGAUGUCAAACAAUGGAAUAAGAACGUGUUUGGAGAUGUGGGAGAGAAGAUAAUUCAGAUGACACUGAAAUUAGAAACAAUUCAAGGGAGUUUGUUACAAAAUCCCACUGAUGCAAUGCUUGAUGAAGAACAAACUAUUAGAGAUGAAUAUGAGUCUGCAAUGGCUGAUCAAGAAAUAAUGAUGGCUCAAAAAUCCAUAUUGUUUUGGCUGUGGGAUAAUGAUAAAUGCACUGCGUACUUUCAUAAAAAAUUAAAGCAACACAGAAACUUCAAUGCUAUUACAAAAAUUGAGAAUGCAGAGGGGGUUGUUUUAACUGAUCCUGCAACUAUUAGUAGCUGGUUUGUGGAGUAUUAUCAGAAACUUUUCUCAAAGAGUUCUUCUGAGGUGGUGUGUGAUUUUGUUCCUAGGCAUACUCUAGAUGAAAUAGAGAAUGAUAUGUUAGAAGGCCAGUUACCUAUGAAGAAAUCAAGGGAAUGGUGA